AAAAAAGAUAAAGAUAGAAAGAAAAAUAGUCACGAGAAAGGCGUGACAGUUGAAGUUUUCAUAAAAUAAUUCAUCAAUUAAUGAUUUAAUUAUUAUUAUUAUUAUUAUUAUUAUUGAUUAUUUAAAAAUUUAAUUGUUAUAAAAUUAAUAAUGGCACUCCAUUCUGCAGGAAAAGGAAAACUUAUUGCUGUUAUUGGUGAUGAGGAUACUUGUGUUGGAUUCCUUUUGGGAGGUGUCGGAGAAAUAAAUAAAAACCGUCAGCCAAAUUUUAUGGUUGUUGAUAAAAACACAGCAGUUGGUGACAUUGAAGAUACAUUUAAACAAUUUGUAAAACGUGAUGAUAUUGAUAUUAUUCUGAUCAAUCAAAAUGUAGCUGAAAUGAUUCGUCAUGUUAUUGAUAGUCAUACUCAACCUGUUCCAGCUGUUUUGGAAAUACCUAGUAAAGAUCAUCCUUAUGAUGCAAGUAAAGAUUCGAUUUUACGACGUGCUAAGGGUAUGUUUAAUCCAGAGGAUAUACAUUCAACAUAAAUAUAUAUAAAAAAAAAGUUAUUAACAAUUAUUUUAAAAAUGUGUUAUUAAUAAAUGUUAAAUAAUAUAAAUAUAAAUAUGAGUAUAAUUAUGAUGAAAAAAAAUAAUUAAAAGAUAAUUUAUUAAAUUUUUUUGCUCUUUAAAUUCAUUACAAUUUUGAAAAUUGAAAACAAAAAUUUGUUUGAAAAAUUAAAAAAAAAAAUUAUUCAGAAAUUUGAAAAAAAUUAUUUUUUUUAUUACAUUCCGUUUGUUUUUAUUAAAAAUAAAUAAAAAAAAUUUAAUAAAAUAAA